GCCCAGCAGCGGCUCAUUCGUUGUUGUUUACAGUCAGAGUUUGAGUCCGGAUCGUCUCGGAGAGAUCAUGGCAGAAACCGCGCCAGCAGCCGCCGCGACCAAAGCGGCCAAGAAGAAGACCGCAGCUAAACGCAAGAGGACGGGACCGGGCGUCGGAGAGCUCAUCGUCAAGGCCGUGUCCGCGUCUAAAGAGAGGAGCGGCGUGUCUCUCGCCGCCCUGAAGAAAGCGCUCGCUGCCGGCGGCUACGACGUGGAGAAGAACAACUCCCGCGUCAAGAUCGCCGUUAAGAGCCUGGUGCUGAAAGGCACCCUGGUCCAGACCAAAGGAACCGGCGCCUCCGGCUCUUUCAAGCUGAACAAGAAGCAAGCCGAGACCAAGACGAAGCCCGCGAAGAAAGCCGCUCCUAAAGCCAAGAAGCCCGCAGCCAAGAAACCCGCCGCCAAGAAAGCGGCCGCCGCUAAGAAACCCAAACCCGCCGCAGCGAAGAAGCCCGCCGCUAAGAAGUCUCCGAAGAAGGCCAAGAAACCCGCUGCUAAAAAGGCGACGAAGAGCCCCAAAAAAGCAAAGAAGCCCGCGACCCCCAAGAAAGCAGCCAAGAGCCCUAAGAAGACAAAGGCGGCCAAACCCAAGACCGCGAAACCCAAAGCCGCCAAAGCUAAAAAGACAGCAGCCAAGAAGAAAUAAAAGACUGUCAAAAAAACUGUCAAAAACGGCUCUUUUAAGAGCCAUCCACUAAGUCACGUUUGAGAGCACUGUUACCUUGAUUAUCUAUAUAAUGGCGUUGCAUAAUUACAUGCUGAAUGAACUCUCCACAAGUCUCCCAGUGG